GGGAGGAGGCAGAGGGUGCGCAGGCCCACCCGACAGUAAGACUUCUACUCCGUAGCCAGGUUGGCUCAAGUUCGGCCCACGCGCGCACAGACCAGAAGUCGUCGGCAGCGCCGCUGCUUCCUCACCCACGCAGCAGAGAUGGCACCGAUGAUGAAGUCCACGGUCAUGACCAAGAGCGCCCUCACCGCAGCGCUCGCGGAGGCUUGCGAGGUGAAGAGGGGCGUCAUCGGCACGGCCUUGAGCACUCUGGCGAGCAUUGCAACGACAGAGGCGAAGAAGAACGGCAAGUUCGUCAUCCCGGGCGUUGCGAUGAUCAAGACCCGCCAGAAGAAGGCCACCAAGGCUGGCAAGCGCGAGAUCUUCGGCAAGGUCGUCAUGGUGAAGGCGAAACCAGCCAAGACCAUCGUCAAGGCUUUCCCCGCGAAGGCCCUCAAGGAUGAGUUCUGAGGGCCUCCCAGUCUGAGGCGAGCCCUUCGAAGAGGUUCAGUGUGUGCUCCCCCAGGUGCUCGUCCAUCCCUCCCUUCGAGGAGUCGUUGUGUUCUCUUGUUCAGGUUGACUGGCGGUGCGUGGUUAUGCAUGGCCUUCUUGUCCCAGGACGCUCGGCGAGGGCGACUACAUGUAUUCCACACCCUUCUCGCAGAGGAAAGCAUCGCUGCACCCCCCAUGCACCAAUCACGAAGACUCCAUGUCGUGAGACUAUGAGAAUAAGGA